UUUGAGAUGUAUUGGUUUCGCCAUGGCUGGGCCGUCACGGCAUCGGCUGCCCGGCGAUUUUGAAGUGGAUGUGCAGGUAUCCCCGGCGUCCUGGAGGUUCGACUUGACCCCAGAUAUCGUACGGGAUUGGUUCAACAAGAUAUCGCCUUGGGUAUAGGACGGGAAAGAUCGUGGUUGGUCAGAGCGAGGGUAUGACAGCAAGAUUGCUUGUGUCAAGCGGUAGGGUGUUUGAGGCAAGUGUCAGGCGGCGGGUCCAGUGCUCUUUGAGCCAGCCUCUGGGGCUGCUCACAAACUUGAAGCUGUUGCGCGGUUUGAUGGGGCCCCGCGAGAUCAACCGGCGAAGUUUCCAGGUUCCGGCUUUGUGGUGCUGCGGUGCCUGUGGGGCGGGCUGCCAUUGUGCCCGAUUUGUCAAAUCCGGGAAGCUUCUCGAAAGCCGGACCCCAGACCCAAUGAAAUGGACUCGGAAUUCCACGCUGCCCGGGCUAAGCUUUCGGUCCGUUGUUCCAUGCGAAGCCCUGGGAGCCGCGUCUUCGAGGUUCUACGGAUCCGUACUGUGGACUCAUACACACGGCCACGGCCUGCAGCAACUAAAGCAUGCUUCUAGGUUCGCUGUCAAGUUUCAAGCGGCCGAUGAAGCAGGGCGGAGCAUCAAUGCGCCACUGAUACACGGCGCAUCACCUCUCGAAUUGUCAGCUUGCACAGGACCUACGGUCCGCCCAGGCCAGCUGACGCCGAUGCUCCCGCCGACUGACACAGCGCGACGCAAACCGAGUGGUUGCCUUACGGACACCCAGGUAGAUAUGCUUGAUGGACGGCCCUCCUGGUUGAGGUGAUGAGAUGCUCUGCGUGGAGCCAAUUGCGUGGCUCACGGGGCAGUGGCAGGCGCCAGGAUUUUGGAAACAGGCCUUGCGAGUCCCAUCAGGUCGCCUGCAUUGAUGCAGUGGCUGGAGAUGCGGGG